UUACAAGGGUUAGUGGAAAAUUCUAAUAAGACUCUAAAAAAUGCACUUUCAACGUGGAUGGAAGAUAAUGAAUGGAGAGACUGGAGCAUUGGUCUUCCUAUAGUUACAUACGCUAUGAAUAUCCGUUGUUCCAGGCCUACUAGCCAUACACCAUAUGAACUAGUUUUUGGACAACAUCUGUUGCAUCGGUUUAAUAUAAUUGAAGAAUUAAAACAACAUAAUAUUAAUAUGGAGGAGGACUUGCUCCAAGAUAUGGUUAGAAAAAAUGAAUUCUCCGAUUUUGAAAUUGAAGAACAGAAUCUUCAUGAAAGUGCUGAUGAUUAUACAAUUUUAAUGCAACAACCUAUCCAUAAUAAAAAUGCUGAUGAUUAUAUGAUUUUAAUGCAACAAACUAUUUGUAAUGAUCAACAAAUGCAGCAACAUACUCAAGAUGACAAUAUUAUUUCAGAUAAUUGGGAACAACAUAUAGAAGACAAGGAAAAUCAAGAAACAACUAAUUCGGAUUUUGUUUCUUACAAAAAAUAUCAGUUUUUUGCUUUUCAAGAAGCAUCUAAUAGUUCAACUCAUCAUGAUAUUUACUGUCAAGUUGCAAACAGAAAUCUUGAAGAUUAUCGUUCCAAGAUGGAAUGCCAAAUGCAUACAAAGUAUAACAUUCAAGAACUACUACCCAAUAAUAUAUAUCGUCUUGUAUGCCGAUUUGGUGUUCUUGAAAGAGCAUUUUCAGCUAGUGAAGUCUUGCCACUUGGGCCAAGAGAAUUUUCUAAACUGGACAAUCCCCCAACCUAUAAAAAUAUUGCAACUGCAGAGGUAAUUGCCUUACGGCAAAAUGCUUUUGUAAAAAAGCAAACAUUUUAUGUGGAAGUGGAUAUCAUUCAAAGAAUUCCAAAUGUAAAAAUAGAGCUUGAAAACUGG